UCCAGCAGUUGCCAAUUUGACUAGUUCCCCUUGUUUAUUUCUUCCCCCCUCCCCCCCCCCCGCUGUUGUCAACUGCUGCGGCGGAAAGCCAAUGGGGGCCGUGCCGCCAACCUGACGACAGCGGAAGCACGAGGGCUGGGCUAAAGCCCUGUUCGGCCGCCUGGAGAACUGGGCGCUUGUGUCCCGCCGAGCCGAGCCGAGCCGAGGCGCGGGGGCACCUAGAGCUGCCUCCCGGGCUGGCCGCGCCCGCAUGGGGCGGCUGCCGCCGCUGAGCCUCGCCGGGGCCGGGUGAGGCGGCGGCCCCUGCUCGCUGGCUGCGGACGCUGCUGGGAGCCGAGCCCCGCCGCCUGGAGGGGGGAUGUCCGCGCCGUGCUGCGCGGGCCAGUUGGCCUGUUGCUGUGGUACUGCUGCUUGCUCCCUGUGCUGCAAAUGCUGCCCCAAGAUAAAGCAAUCUACGAGCACCCGCUUCAUGUAUGCACUUUACUUCAUAUUGGUAACGCUCAUCUGCUGUAUCAUGAUGUCAAGAACAGUAGCUACUGAAAUGAAAGAGCACAUUCCUUUUUAUGAGCACAUCUGCAAAGGUAUACAAGCAGGUGAAACGUGUGAGAAGCUAGUGGGAUACUCUGCGGUUUAUAGGGUCUCUUUUGGAAUGGCGUCUUUCUUCUUUAUCUUCUUCCUACUUACCAUCAAAAUUAACAACAGCAAAAGCUGCCGAGCAUAUAUUCACAAUGGGUUCUGGUUCAUUAAGCUUCUAGUUUUGGCAGCCAUGUGCUCAGGAGCUUUUUUCAUUCCAGAUCAAGACACCUUCCUUAAUGCCUGGCGCUAUGUAGGUGCAGCAGGAGGAUUCCUUUUUAUACUCAUUCAGCUUAUCCUGCUUGUGGAGUUUGCACACAAAUGGAAUAAAAACUGGACUGCAGGCACAACGCAUAAUAAACUAUGGUAUGGCUUACUAGCUCUGGGCACUCUUGUCUUGUACUCCGUUGCUGUGGGAGCCCUGAUUUUGAUGGCUGUCUUUUACACGCGCUCUGAGGGCUGCACAUACAACAAGAUCCUGCUUGGUGUAAACGGUGGCCUGUGCAUUCUUAUUUCAUUGGUAGCUAUCUCACCCUGUGUCCAAAGUCGCCAGCCACACUCUGGUUUGUUGCAGUCAGGAGUUAUCAGCUGCUAUGUCAUGUAUCUCACCUUCUCAUCUCUGUCAAGCAAACCACCAGAAACUAUCCUGGAUGAGAACCGUAAGAACAUUACAAUCUGCGUACCUGAUUUUAGCCAGGGUUUGCACAGAGAUGAGAACCUGGUUACUGGAUUGGGCACUACCCUCCUGUUUUGUUGCAUUUUAUAUUCUUGUUUGACCUCAACAACUCGUGCAAGCUCUGAAGCACUGAGAGGAAUAUAUGCAACGCCUGAAACUGAAGUAGCUCAUUGCUGCUUUUGCUGUGCACCAGAUGGAGAUGCUGACACUGAAGAGCAUGUUCAAGAAAGGGGCGGUCAGACUGUAAUAUAUGAUGAAAAGAGAGGCACAGUAUACAGCUAUGCCUACUUCCACUUUGUUUUCUUCUUGGCUUCUCUCUACGUGAUGAUGACAGUAACACACUGGUUCCAUUAUGAAAGUGCUGAGAUUGAAAAAUUCUUCAAUGGAACCUGGUCCAUCUUCUGGAUUAAGAUGGCAUCGUGUUGGGUGUGUGUCCUACUCUACCUAUGGACUCUUGUAGCACCUCUCUGCUGUCCAACCCGACAAUUCUCAGUGUGAGACUUCACAAGCACGAUAGUUACAAAUACUUCAGUCACUUUGUGCUGGAGAAAUAAGUCUAUCAAUCAGGUGUCUUAACAUGCUGGUUAGUUACCUCUUGCAGAUGAAACAUAGAUCUGAAGACUUCCUCUUUUUAACCAUUUUUUUUUAAACUG